CGUAAGGACAUACCGAGGCUUUUGCGGAGAGGCAAAUGCUUAAUUAAGCUCCAAUGUUCCGUGGGCCAGUACACAAUGCCCGCAUGGUCAUAUCCUCAUUUAUACUACUACCUCAGUGAUUGAAACAAAUCACCCUUAGUCUUCAAUUCUCGCUGCGUGAUCAGAUUUUCGAAACACAACCCUAGCCAUGACUGCUCUGCCAGCGAACAGCCCUGCAUUCGAGGAGGCUAUUAAGGUGACGCCGCUUGAGUCCCAUCGGUAUUCAGCGUUCCUACGGGAUGAAUGGUGCAUCGGCACAGUCCCACACGGCGGAUAUACAACCGCUGUCAUAUACCGACUUGCUCUUACUCAUUUCGCACAUACACACCCGACACUAUACGAUGCGCCGGCAACCCCGAUAUCUCUUCAGCUUUCGUUUCUGCGUCGCACGGCUGCUGGCCCAGCCAUACUGACAGUGCAAGAUAUGAAAUUGGGGGCACGCACCAGUACAAUCCAUAUCAACCUAUGCCAGCCGAGUGAGAAGAAAGCAAAGAACGGUGAACUAGAAGUCAAGGUUGCCGGCUAUAUCACUGUGAGUCCGCCUACCGCGGAAGUAGGCAUCAGCUCCAACACCGGCUGGAGUCUACAACCAGCUGCGCAACCUGGAACAGGGCCGAAUGGCAGCGUGAACCUGGCGGCGCUGGGCCAAACCGGCCGCGAUGGUAAAUGGGUGCUUCUCCAGCCACCAUAUCCCAAGUUCCGCCGAGCAACCCUGCAGCUCGAGCUGUAUGGACCCAACCCGGCUUUAGGGAAGCCUAAAGUGAUCGAUCAAUGGUCCCGAUUUCGGCCGGGCGGAGAUCGCGAGGCGCGGUGGACCAACGAAGCCGUGGCGUUUCUAGUGGAUAUGUUCCCGAUGGCGCUUGGUGGGCUUGAUCAAAUGGCGUCGGCGUCCACACCGUCACAAGAAUUAGCGGAGAAAACUGCCCGGUUUUGGUACCCUACCGUUACUUUGAAUAUCGACUUUAAAAAGCGCUUGCCUGUGCAGGGCGCGGAAUGGCUAUACAGCCGAAUUCAUACUAAAGUGGUGCGCGAUGGCCGAACAGAUCUGAAUGUAGUGAUACUGGAUGAGCAGGGUGACGUGGUGGCGUUGAGCACGCAGGUGGGUUUGGUGUUGAGCGCCAGCCGGAACCUAGGACAGCGGCAGACAAAGAUAUAAUUGGUCUAUGUUCUUUUUUCUCGUGGCAAGAUAUAUGUAUGUACAUAGAUAACUCUCACGUGGUAGAUCUGGUUCUAU